GUAGUUGAUAGAAAAUUUCAAAAAUCACUAAGAGACUUUCUAAGGAUUACGAUAAACCAUACUGGGAAUAAUGGCUUGUUUCACGGUUGCACUUAUGAUGAUAGGAGUGAUAAUCUCUCCUUGUGUCUACGGAAAAGAGUUCUCCGAUCACAAGGAAAUCGAAGUAGAAAGACUUUUGAAGCGGCUCAACAAGCAUGCUCUUUUAUCCAUUAAGAGCGACGAUGGAGAUAUAAUAGAUUGUGUUCCAGUGCAAAGUCAACUAGCUUUUGAUCAUCCUCUGCUUAAAAACCACACAAUCCAGAUGAGACCGAGCUUUAUACCCGAAAGUACGUCUAUAUACACCAAGAGUUAUACUCAGGCGUGGAACAAGAAUGGAAGAUGCCCACAAAAUACAGUUUCGGUUAGAAGAAUAAAGAGAGAAGACAUAUUACGAUCAAAUUCCAUUGAGGAUUUUGGGAAAAAGAUGACUCCAGGCAUCCUUUUAUAUGGUUCAAAAAGUGUUCAUGAGUAUGCGUACAUGAGUUCCAAGGAAGGAAAAUAUUUUGGGACAGAAUUUGUAGUGAAUAUCUGGAAACCAAAAGUCCAAGUUCGCAGAGAGUUCAGUUUGGCUCAGACUUGGCUCGUGUCUGGAGCUGGCCUUUCUCGUAACACAAUUGAAGCUGGUUUUCAGGUUUAUCCAGGAAUCUAUGGUGAUAAUAAUCUAAGAUUAUUUGUUUACUGGACGGCCGACGGUUAUCAACAGACAGGAUGCUACAACACUGACUGUCCAGGUUUCGUUCAAAAGAGCAAGCGUAUCAUUGUAGGUGGAACCUUCAAUACCGUUUCACAAUAUAACGGUUCUCAAUUCGCACACCGCAUUGUUAUAUGGAGGGCCAGGGAGGACGGCAAAGUAUGGUGGCUAAAGGUAGGCGACGAGCUUGUUGGCUACUGGCCUAGCUCAUUAUUCACUACGCUAGGAGAUGGAGCUAUGAGAGUUAAAUGGGGAGGUGAAAUAGUUAACGCGAAAACCGGUGGAAUACACACGAGCACGGACAUGGGAAGUGGGCAUUUUGCAGAAGAAGGCAAUAAGAAAGCGAGCUAUUUCAGGAAUCUUAAAUUAGUUUCUGAGACCAAUUUCUUGAUAGAACCAAAAGGAGUUUUUCCCAGGGCUACCAAUGCUAACUGUUACAACAUUAAGGUAGGACCUAAUGGAACUGCCUGGGGGAUUUAUUUCUACUAUGGUGGUCCUGGCCUGAACACCAAAUGCCCUUGAUUUGGAUAUGUGUGCUCAAAGCUUUUGAGUAUAUUUUACAUACAUGUCUGUAUUUGAAUAUACGAGCGUGCGAGUAUGAAAAAAUUCCACGUUGUUGAAAUUUAAUAUUAUAUGUGUCCUUGAAUAAUA